GAUAAACCCACUGCUGGAAAGACAAGUAGGUACAGGAUCUCUCGCUCACAUUGAGCCUUCAACCAUUUCAAAGCUCCUUUCACACCUUGUCUCUUUCACAUGGAGCAACUUCAGCUCUGUACCCUCGCCUGUCUCUGGGCAAUCGUUCAUGGGGGAUCGGCUCUGGGCUCCAAUAUAGCAGUGUACGGUAUUGCUACUCAGUCAAGCACUCACCGACGGGCAAACAAAGCUAUCGAUGGGAAGACUGAUGAUUCCUGCUCCAUGACUAAGCAGCAAGAUGACCCCUGGUGGAGGCUGGACCUCCGCCAAAAGUACCAGAUAUGGUCCAUCAAAAUAACCAACCACAUGAAGGAGAGAGAGGCAGCCAUCGCAGGAGCGGAAAUCCGGAUUGGUGACUCGGGCCAGAAAGGUGGCAUCAAUAACCCAAAGUGUGCCACAGUGGAAUCCAUGCCUCUCGGAGCCACAGACAUCUUUAACUGUACAGGAAUGCAAGGUCGAUACGUGAAUAUCAUUCGCCCUGGAAAGAAAAAGCUGACUCUGUGUGAGGUGCAGGUCUUCGGUCAGCCCCUCUUCAUAAUAAAACCCUGCCAAUGUUUGGAACACCUGUGUGAAAGGAUGAAGCUGGUUUACCUGCUGGCGUUUGCCUGUUUUUUUGGAAUAUUGCACCUUGCAGUGAACAGAGAGCAGGAGAAUGUGGCUCUGAAAGGACAAGUAACUCAAUCCACAACAGCCCCCGGGGGAGAGGCUGAGCGGGCGAUUGAUGGUAACACUGCGUCUCAGUGGGCUGGCCACUCCUGCACCCAUACCACACUGAUGGCCAAUCCCUGGUGGAGAAUCAACUUACAACAACCUUACCACAUCGCCACGGUGAAGAUCACAAACAGAGCUGAACUGUGCUGCUACGGCCGCCUGUCAGGGGCAGAGAUCCGCAUCGGAAACUCACUGGAGAACAAUGGGAAUUCCAACCCACUAUGUGGAAUUGUCAACGUCACUCAGCAGCAGGUAACUUAUACUUUCGAGUGUAAAGGAAUGGAGGGUCAAUAUGUCAACAUCUACAUCCGAGGGAAUAACAAAAUCCUGACUCUCUGUGAGGUUGAGAUCUACGAAAUGGUAACUCCGUUCCUUGAAGAUUGUUAAAGGGAAUCCCAUAUCUUCAUUAGCAGUGCCUGAGGUGACCUGUUUGAUCUCUCACGUGCAGCAAGGUUCACUGAGGCGGGUCAGCUGUAGCUGCUCUUAAUAACACUUGUUCAUGACUCAAUCUAUGAUUCACUCUAACUCUGUUCACAAAUAAAUGGCUUACACCAUC